AUGGCUGCCAACACAUCGCUAUCCUCUUUCACCAAACUCAACGACCUCGUCGCCAUCUACCGCCCUGCCAACGCCCGCCCUGGAGCUCCCGAUCCCGGUACACCCCAGUUGAUAGUCAUAUGCUCCUGGCUCGGCGCUGCGAGUAAACACAUCACCAAGUACACUGACGCCUACCAGCAACGGUAUCCCUACGCAACCCUGCUUCUCAUCCGCUCCACAUUGGCCAGCAUGAUCCAAAGAGCCGACAUCGCCCCUGCGAACGAAGUCCUGGCGUCUUUCGUCCGCGACAAAAGCGAUUCCAGAAGCAAACCGCCCAUAGUCUUGCACGCCUUUUCCAACGGCGGCGCGCGAAACGUAGCCUCGCUCAUCGUCGACUUCCGUACCACUCGUACGGGUUCAACCUUCCCUUUCGACGCUCUUAUUCUAGACAGUUGUCCUGGCCGCGCCGACGUCUCUUCCGUCUCGCGCGCUAUAACCCUCUCGCUGCCCCUUAGCAGCUGGAGUCGCUCCGCAGCCUCCUGGCUCAUCUACCUCGCCGUCCUACUCCUCAUGACAAUCACCCAUCUAUUCAAAAUAGAAGACACGGUUUCUCAGCUUCGACGACGACUCAAUGAUCCCGAUGUCGUGCCUACGAGCGUGCGGAGGUUGUAUUUGUAUUCCAAGGCUGAUGAGAUGGUGCGUUGGGAGGAUGUUAGUGGGCAUGUGGAGGAGGCGAGGGAGAGGGGGUAUGAGAGGGUGCAGGAGGUUGUGUUUGAGGGCGCGGCGCAUUGUGCUUUGAUGUUGAAGGGUGGGGAGCGGUAUUGGGGGGCUGUUGGGGGGUGUAUUUCUGGGAAGUUGUGA